UCGGCACCGACAACUAAAAACAUACCACCUCCACCGCUUCAACAGAUACUCCUCCACUCAACCCCAUCAUCAAGCACAGACUGCUCCUUUGGCCAUGUCAACCACGGAGGCUCCGGCUACAGAAUCUCCCGCUACGACAGAUGCAAUGCAAUCGCGGGUUGAAAAACUACAGGAACUCCGUAAGCGAAUGGAACAAUCGUCUCGAGCUAACCGGAAAGACGUUAUCGCAGAAGCAAAUCGAUCGCAUGUUAGCGCCAAGGAAAUUGCGCGCCUGGAGCGUAAGAAAGCCCAGGCGAUUGCACUGGGACAAAAAGCGGAAGCAGCCGAAGCUGGUGAAGAUUUGGAGCGGAAGCGUGCAUGGCAAUAUAGCAUUGAAGACAACGAAAGAUGGGAUAAAAAACUCAAACAGAAAGCGAGCAGAGGCAAUCACGAAUUCACCGAUUACGAUGAUUAUGCAAGGCGGAAAUAUAAAAAAGAUAUUGACAGCCUCAAGCCCGAUUUGGUCAGCUAUAAUAAACAACGAGCGGCCGCUACCGGUUCCGGGGCCUCCACAAGCUCUGCACUCGUCAGUGGAUCAUCCACAUCGGUCAUCCAGCGAGCGGCUGCCGAGAACCUCUACAGGAACAUGGACAGUUUAGUCUAUGCUGAUCAUCGACCGACCGAAGAAGCAGUUGAUCGUGUUGUCGGAAAACUUAAUCUUGAUAUCGACAAGAGGAGCAAACGUUCUCGUGUCAGGAAAGAAGAGGACGGCGAAAUUACUUACAUCAACGACAAGAACAAGGCGUUCAAUCAAAAAAUUGGCCGGUUCUACAACCAAUAUACAGAGGAGAUCCGAGAAAACAUCGAGCGAGGAACAGCUCUAUGAGUCGUUUCACGCUUUGUGCUUGUUCCUACUCUACUUUGCAGUUUCUUUCCUUGUAAAUACGUAGUCUGUCUCUGUACUUUGUAUUCCCUUAAUUGGUGAUCAGCCCGCUUGGUUCAUGUUUCUUUCCUCACCCAUAUAUCAUGACACAAGAUCUGGCGGGAGGUGUUGGUGGCUUAGCCUGCACUGUUGGGCAGGAUUGCCGAGUCAAUUGGAUGAGUGAAAAAUCGACCCUCGCGCCACAUAAACCACGGCAAGUCUGAAGUGGGCUUCUUUGUAUUUUCAUAACAGAGAGUUCCGUGGCCCGGCGUUCAGCCAUACCCAGUUCGUACACUCCGGUUG